AUGGCAGCAGUAAUAAAUGCUCGCCCUGGGUCGUCUACGCCAACUAGUAUGGGUGACGCGAAACCAGUGCUAUUGCAUAAGAUCGAAGGCCAAGUGGCUCGUGUGAAUGCGAUCUUCUUGUUGACAAAAGAGGAUGGUGUGAUUACGAUCAGUGAUGAUCGUUCCAUAUGUAUUUGGCUGAAACGAGAUAAUGGACAGUUCUGGCCCUCCGUUAAUCAUUUUAUGCCUUUCGCCCCGACGGCACUCUGUUUUACCGAGCAAACUCUCAAGUUCGUUCAAGAUUCUCAUCCAGAACAUUUCAUAAUUGCAUCCAUAACAAAGCAUCCAUAA